GACCGCUACGAAGAGACUAUUCGGCUAUUUAACGAAAGUAAAUAUUUCUUUUAUAAAGAAAAGAGUUAUAUUAAAUGUAAUUACUUCGAAAAAGAACGUUUCGAUUGCGAACGUUGCGAUUGCGUUACGGCUAUUAUUAAUUAUUAUUUAGUUUACGAGAAUAGAUAA